GAUUUUGCAUGUCAAAUGCAUAUAAAUCUUGAGUCAAAUUAUUGCAUUUCCCGCAGUUUACCAGCCAUUGUCAGGGGAGGUGUGCAUGACAGAUACUGGCCUACAGAAGACGAGCGAUUAAUUGAGUACGACAUUGAUGACACAGUUUAUGAAGCAGAUUCUCGAUAUCAGAACAUCAAGAUUCUUCAUUCAAAACAGUUUGGAAACAUUCUUCUCCUCAACGAUGAUAUUAAUUUAGCAGAGAGUGACCUCCCUUAUACACAAGCCAUAAUGGGCAGUGGAACAGAGAACUACACAGGGAAAGAAGUUCUUAUUCUAGGAGGAGGAGAUGGGGGAAUCCUACAGGAACUGGUGAAGUUAAAGCCAAAGAUGGUCACCAUGGUGGAAAUUGACCAAAUGGUGAUUGAUGCAUGUCGCAAAUACAUGCGCAAAGCUUGUGGAGAUGUUCUGGAUCAUCUGAAAGGCGAUUGCUACCAGGUGUUAGUGGAAGAUUGCAUUCCAGUGUUGAAGAGAUAUGGUGAGGAAGGAAGGCUGUUUGAUUAUGUAAUUAAUGACCUAACAGCUAUUCCUAUCUCCACUUCUCCAGAAGAAGAAUCUACUUGGGAGUUUUUGCGAUCUAUUCUUGAUCUUUCUGUGAAGGUUCUGAAACCCACUGGGAAAUACUUUACCCAGGUAUGGCAGACUUACUUUAUUCUGAUUAUAGCAAAGUAGAUUUAGGAUUGUAAU